CUUUUGCACUCCGUGCUUGCAGGAAUGUCUUAAGCCGAAAAAGCCAGUUUGUGGUGUCUGCCGCAGUACCCUGUCACCUGGCAGCAGAGCUCUGGACUUGGAAAAGCAAAUUGAAACAACAGAAACCACUUGCAAUGGCUGCAAUAAAAAAAUGUAUCUCUCAAAGAUGCGUAGCCAUGCAGCUUCUUGUUCGAAGUACCAGAACUAUAUAAUGGAGGGUGUAAAAGCUGUAACUAAAGAACCACUUCAUAACACCAGGAACUUCCCAAAUCGCUUUACCUUUCCUUGCCCGUAUUGCAGCGAGAAAAACUUUGAUCAAGAAGGACUAGUUGAACACUGCAAAACAUUGCACAGCAUGGAUGCAAAACAAGUGGUUUGCCCAAUUUGUGCCUCAAUGCCAUGGGGAGAUCCAAAUUACAGGAGUGCUAAUUUCAUGGAGCACCUUCAAAGACGACAUCGCUUUUCGUAUGAUACUUUUGUGGAUUAUGAUGCUGAUGAAGAUGAUAUGAUGGCACAGGUUUUGAUGCGUUCUUUGCGGGAUAAAUGAACCAACUAGAAGAUGAACUGUAAAACCAAGCUUCCAUGAGGGGGAAAUGCCCAGCAUCCUCACAGUUCUCCCUGUACAU